CAUUCUUCAAAACCAUGGCCGAUACUGCGAGAAGCAGGUUGGAGGUCAUUAAACAACAUCUAUCCCCUUCGAGAUUUCAUCUAAAAUCACCAGAAAAUUCAGAAACGGCCGCAGUGGGGGUUGAAACUGAUAGUCUGGUGGUGCCAAACGAUGUUUUGACCGAAGAAGAAGUAGAUUUCUACAACAAGAAUGGCUACCUGGUUGUGCGAAAUCUAGUACCCCAAGAGCUACUUGAUAAGUAUCUCCAUCGUUUUCAACAAAUUUGUAACGGGGAGGUGCGCGUGCCUAGUAUGACUGUAAUGAAAGAUGUUACAUUUGUCAAGUCGAACCGCUUAUCUGGCGAGAAAACCAUCAAUAAACUUCAGAAUUUCGAAGAUGACGAGGUCCUCUUCAGCUACUGCCAACUACCAGAGAUUUUGAAGUACGUGGCAUGUUUUACGGGACCUGACAUCAAAUCGAUGCACACUAUGCUAAUAAACAAACCACCAGAUCCUGGGACAAUGACCUCACGCCACCCUCUCCAUCAGGAUUUGCAUUACUUUCCCUUCCGUCCAGCCAAACGAAUUGUAUGUUCCUGGACAGCAAUGGAAAGGGUCCAUAGGCGGAAUGGCUGUCUAAUAGUACAACCGGGUACCCAGUACAGCCCGCUUCUGCAGCACUUCUACCCUGAAUGGGAGGUAAGAGAAACCCAUCAUUGUAACAUUCUGGGUAGUUAUUUGUUGUUGUCUAGGUUAAAGACCACCCAAGAAAAGCACAAUGUAGAGCGUCAUUAUGUUACGUACAGUUAUAGCUGAUUGUUUACUGCAGCAAUGUCCAUGAGUUUUAUUCGUGACUGUAUUGAUGAGCUCAUUUUGCAAUCUCUUUUCCAUUGUCCCACAGUGUGUACAAAAUUAAAUCUUUACGGCAUGAUUAAGCAGAAAGUUGAAAUUUAAAAUCUCAACAGAAAAUCACAGAAAAUGUUCCAUGUAUGCCAAGUCCCUUUUACAUUCACAUGGACCAGUGUUUUCAAAGAAGAAAGUGGUAUCAAUUUCUUAUCUCGGACUUCAGAGUUCUCCUUUUCACUAGGUGGUAACCGGUAACAUUUACUGCCUGUAGCACCCCUUAUUACCGUUUAAAAUUGCCUGAAAUUCUUGAAAUUCAACAGGUAAAAGGAUUGCUCUACCAGGUUCAAAAUUUAUUUCACCUGUCAUGCUUAAAAUAAGGGAGAACACUGAACUUACAAAAAAAACUAUUGAUGGGGCAAUUUUAAUACCAAAUUAAGCAAUUUUAAUACCAAAUUAAGCAAGAAUUCUAAAAACACUGAUGUUUUCUAGGGAGGAGUCAAUGUAUUGUAUCAUGGAAUAAAAGAUUAUGAUCCCAGCAUUCCAUUGGUACAUUUGGAGAUGAAUGCAGGGGACACAGUUUUCUUUCAUCCUCUUCUUAUCCAUGGCUCAGGAGCAAACCAAACAAAUGGAUUCAGGAAGGUAUGUUGUUUCUCUUUAUACUGUUUACAUAUUUUGGUAAAAAAGUUUCUAGUGAGGCCCUGAACUAAUGUAAAAAUGAGAAAAAAAAGGUUAAAUCAAGUUUCUGAGCUUUUUCUGAUUUACAGCAUUAUCAAGAAUCCCUGAGAAUGCCAUGGAUUGGCAAAAGCUGAUAGACUUUCCAUAUUUAAGGAUAUGGCAGACCCUUGUGGGUGUCCUUUGUGAAAAAAAUUUUGAUAGGCUAUUUGAAGCAUAACCCCCAUAAACUAUAUAUCAAUGGAAAGGUUAUUAAGUACCCUAUUUGGUAAAAGCUGUUUUGUUUUAGCUUGAUCUAAUAGUAAACUGAAUGAGGUGUAACAAUUUAAUAUGGAAGACUUUCUUUGAGCAAAUCAAUUGCAUAUCAAAUCUGACUGCAGAAAUAAAACUUCAUGCACAAUUCCAAUCCUGAAGAGUUGGUUUUCAAGACCAUAUAAGGGUUUUUCAAUAUUCUGAUUGGUUGCUUUACAAUUCAUCAGUUAAGUUUGCUGAUCAAAAUUUUACUGUUAUGCAUUUCUUUAGAUGCCACUGAGGGAGAUCCAUUUUGAAAAAUGUAAUUCUCCCUGGUGGUUCUUUAGGUUGGUAUUGUGGGAGUCUUUGAACCAAAUUUCAAAGCAUUCCGUCAAGUUAAAUACUCUAUAAAUUUGUUCAGAGAAGCCACAUUCACCCUGAAACAGAUUUCACAUCUUUGGGUGACCACAUGUCAAGUUAUGUCAACACUCUGAAAACUACUGCAUAUUUUGACAUGGAAAAUAAUUUAAAAAUAUUGGCCCUGAAUGUCAUCAAUAUCCUUAACUUGUUUUUGAUUUUUGUAGUAGUUUAAUUGAGGCCUCACUGGAAACUAUUUUACCAUUUUGAAAUACAAGUUGCACUACUGAAGGACAACAUCAUACAAUCACUUAUACAUUUUUGUUUGCAAUUUUUGUUUAUUUAUUUGUUAGAGAAUAUUAGAGUUAACCCUUUCACUAGCAGGAGUGAUCAAAACUUGAUUUUUCCUUAGAUUACCAUUAGAUUUUAAGCAGAAAGGCGAUGAGAAGUAUCACCAAAGUUCUCUGUGUUUGAAAUGAUAAGAAAUGUAUGGAAAACAGUGUUGAGAAUAGAUAUUCAGAUCUGGGGGGUGGAAGGAUCAACUGUUAGGGUUAAAGUUAAAUGUUAUCCAUUGUUAAGCUCAUCAAGAUAGCAUCAUGAAUCCCACUUUUUUUAAAGGUUGAGAUGUUUAGUGUCAUACAUGUAACUUUGUUGGGACAUUGUAUUGUGUUUUUGGGUAGGGCAUCUUCAUCCCAAAGUGCUCCCCUCCACUCUGGAGUAUAAAUGGGUACUGAUGAACUGUCAGGAAGAUCUGAAAAAAUCCUGGAUAGAGAUGGGUGAUGUUGCAGGGGACUGGUUUCCCAUCCAGGGAGAGAAGCAAUAUUGCUAAUCACUUCAUGAUAAAGAAAUUGGGACUAGCUCUGACUAGAUGGACCACUUAGCCAUCAUUUGCACAAGAAUAUCAACUAUAUGUUUCUCCUCUUUACAAAAUUGGUAUUGGCCAUAGUUUUGAAUAUCUUUCCUCCUAUGGAGGACACGACUUAGUUAUCAGUAAUUGAUGUUACCCUUGUUAAAUAAAGUUUAUUUUUAUUAUUAUUAUUAUUAAGAGUACAGACUUAACUUUCACUUUUUAAAUUUUUAUUUAAGGCUAUAUCAGGGCACUUUGCCAGCUCACACUGCUAUUAUAUUGAUGUCAAGGGAACAAUUCAAGAGGGCAUCGAGGCUGAAUCCUUAGAAAUUGUACAUAAGAAGUUUGGUGCAGAUUUUGAUUUGUCUUUUCAGGUAUGAGAGAAAAUAUUUAAUGUCUUGUUUAUUAUUAUUUUUAUGGUACUCUGGGUCAGAUGUCACCACAAUGAUCUCAAAAAUAGUGUAAUUAAUAUCAUAAUUAAUUCUUUUUUCUCUCAGGACAUUUGGAGGUUGAAAAGUCGCCUAGUACAAGGCAAUGAGGGAACCCUGUGACAUGUGUUAAACUCCAUUGGUGUUGCUGGGUUACAUUUCUUAGUGUGCACACUGUAAGGCCCUUGGGCUAUUACUUUGCACCACUGGUAUGCAAUGUGCAUGCAAUGCAUAUGCAAUGCACUGUUCAAGGCAUGAAGUGAAUAAUGAUCAGGACAAAUCAAUCCAACAGCCAUGGUUGCAACCAUUGUAGAGAUACUGGUCGAGGGAAAUGAGUAUUUUCUGAAUGAUCAAAGGGGAGAAAAAGUCAGAUUUAGACAGAAUCACUUUAGUAUCUUUUCUCAAAUUUACUUUUGAUGAAAAUGGCAUUGAAUAAGAAUGUCUGAAAAAAUGUUGACAUACCUUGCAGGCUGGUAUUGUAGAAAUCAAAUCUUUAACCCUUUAACCCCUUAGUGUGUCUGGCUUCUAAUUUCUCCUUAGAUUAUCAUCCUUGAAUCAAAUGUAAAGGUCAUGAGAGUAAAGGAAAUGAUCACUGAUUUAAGAAGCUCUUGAUUGUUAAACAAGUUCUCCUCGUCAGUAUUAUAGGAAGACUGAAUGGAGGGGGAGAGGGGGGGCUCAGAGCAAAUUUAGUAAUUGGUUGGGCAGAAGUGAGGAGAAGACGAGAUGAUUUCCUUUCUCAAGUUAAAUUUGGUCAAGGGGAGGAACAGUGGUACGUUUUC